CGUCGAGCAGUCGUCAGCAGUGAGUUUCGUCAGGUACAUUGUCGCGUGUUCUGAUAUAUUUUAUUCGGUGUGUUUGUGCUGUGCAUAGAGUUUCGGCGAUCAGUGACUAACGCUGAGAAAGUACAUUGGGGGAGCCUAUUGAGAGUAUUCCGUGGAUAUUUUCGGUGCUUAAGCGCGCAAUUUCAGAAGUAACCGUGGAUUGAUUCGUAGCGAUGGAUAGAUGCCGCUUCUUGCCAUGCGACGUGUUCGUACAUGUCCAUGCGUAGUUGGCACAAACAGCUAUUCGAUAUAUUCACGAUGGCAUGCUUUCCACUGUGUAUUCGGGAACAAAAAGAUGACGGCAGUCAAGAGGAAAACACCGAUUCCCGGUUUUAUGCUGUGGUCGAAUUCCUAAAAAACCUUUUCGAACUCAGUUACGUGACAAAACCGGCCAGAUCGACAAACGAAUUCGGGAGUUCAAACCUGCGCAGGAAUGAACCGACGUGCAAUGUAUUUACAGUAGAACAGAACCAUCGAGCAAAACCUAGAGUGAGAAAACAAGUCUCCUUCGAUCUUAGUGAGAGCAGACCCACGGGACCUACGGUGACCGAUCGCAGUGUGUUGUCGUGUAAACAGUCCGGCGUUACCGUGGCAACCAGGCAUCAGCAUCCCAAGAUGUUCUGCAUCUCGUGCGGCAGUAGGAAAUCGAAGGCGUGCGCAUGCCAUGUGCACAAUACGAGUACAACACAAGUGGCACAUACUAACAGUGACAUAGGUGCCAUCCUGGAAGAUGUCCUCGUGCAUGCUAAACAGCAAGGAAGAGUGACAUGUGGCAUAUAUCCUGCUGCCAAAGUUCUUGAAUUGGAGCCAAACUCUGUGAUGCUUGUAAUUUUGCCACGAAGCCGGUUUAGCGACGUAUCUCUGCAUAUUCAUUACACACUGAUAGAGGCCUUUUGUUGGGAGAGCAACCUACGUCUGCUCAUGGUUGACAGUGCUGAGAAGCUGUCCAAAAUGCUGGAGGAUGUACCAGAAGUACUUCUAAGUCCUGUUGGAGAAGUCGAUAAACACACAUGUGCCACAGAAGAGCAGGACUACAACUGUGUACUUGUCCAGUAUCCGUGUGGAUGGAACAACAGUUCACACAGUGAGGACAAGCUAAUAGAAUAUUGCAAAAACAUCUACGACCUGUACCAUCAACCGAUUAUAGAACUUCCGGGAUGAUAAGGUUUGUCGAGAGAUCCCUUCCUCGAACGAGUACCUUCCCGUUUCAAUGGUACCAUGGACGCACGCAUUCCAGAAAAAUUUUCUGUGAAAGGACGCGUUCAAAACGAUGCUCCGCACGUGAUGUGGACUCCGUAGACAUGAGGUAGCGAGACGAGACGUGUACGUCAUCGUCACGCGAAGGAAUGGCCUUGAAGUGUGCUGAUCACCCCCUCCGUGGAACAGCUAGAGUUUGGAAAGGCACGAGACUGCGAGUUGAGUCUGGCCAUUGUGUGACGUAUGGAGUCGCAGCGGAUGAUGAUUGUGCAGCUACACAGGAAGUCGCCAGUAUGUAUGCUGGUGAGGAUUAGAUUACGCGAUGCGGCUAUAUUAUGCAGGCUUUCCUAUCCUGUACCUGCCCAAUGCCGUUCACCAUGUUAAUGAUGUUAUUGGUUCUGGUGCAUUUAGAUAAAUGGCUCCGGUUUUUGCAAUCAAAUGAGCCAGCAGUUGCAUAUAUGAGAAAGGUAAAUGUUAUUUAAUAAGGUUAAUUUGUGAGAGCCACGCAGCUAACAUUACGUCUAACACGGAUUUUCCAGUGAACAUUUGCUCGCGUGUUAUUUUAUGGUGUCGUAAAACAUCACUCGCUGGCGAAAGUGGCGUUAGAGGAUUGAAAUAGUGCAAUUGUUAAUGUAGGAUGAAUUUGAUGCCAUUAUUGCAUACAAUUUGCAUACAAGAUCAAGUGCAACACCUCUUAAAUAUGAUGACAAGUUAAAAGUGUAUAUAUCAUGUGAAUGACUCAGAGAGUGGAUUUAUUGAUCAAGCAGUGAUGCUGCUGCUGCCACAAUGAUGAUGUCACAAUUGACAAUGUUAUUGUUCAUGAUGGUGAUAACGUUGUUGUUGAUGGUGAUGAUGAUGAUGUUGUUGUUGACGAUGAUGAUGAUUAUGAUGGUGAUUAUUGUCAGCAUCAUCAUCAUGGUUGUGGCGUUGGUGCGUUGUGCGUUUCAGGAACGAUUGCCAUUCCACUAUGUAUCCGAACUUUGGAACUUGUUUGUGCACACAACACGGGGUUGUAACCGGUAAACUUAUUCACAACUACUGACCUUUAUAUUACCGGUACAUUCAGCUACCGGUCGUGUUGACAUUUAAGAGCUAAUGCCGCCUACGAGCGCAUCCUAUGUUGAGAGCGUGCGGGGACAGUCUAACCGUAAAUAGAUCGGUAGCAGCUAGCGUUGCUGAGUCAUCGGUGAUGCUGCUGCUGCGGCUGCUGCGCUUGACAGAGGGGGGAUGAGUAUGAGGAAUUUCCUGGAAAAAGCUGGUCGAGGCCCGGGAAAUCAAUACGCUAAACUUACCCAGAAAGCAGCUGUUGGAAACGAAGAAAGAAAACUGUAUUUCGAGAAGUCGAAGUAACUAAGACCGCCAUAUACGGACGUGGGUGAUAGUCAGAACUGGUGAUUUGCAGUACAUAUAGAUUUCACUGCUGAUAGGCACCAGGAUAUCGGAAUGGUGAUAAAAUAUCUGGAAUGGUGAUAGUGUUCAUUCAUGGUGGGCAUUUUAUGGACAGGCUGCAGGGUUCAUAGCGGGAAGAUCUUGUGUGACUAACUGACUAUGCCAUUAAAUUGUAUUUUCACGAGGAAGGCACGUAUAAACUUGGUAAAUGCGUACAUGCAACAAUGCAUCCGACAAGUCGAGAUAGCACUACCUUCCAUGUGCCCCAGCUAUUGGAGCGAGUUUUUAUGGCUUCCUAAACCUACCUAAAACGCCACUGAGUUGCAUUAGUUGGCAGCAGUGUCAUUUGCAAAACUGUUCACUGGACUGUUGGUGUGUGUCUGUUACAAGGAUCGUUUGCCAAUGCCAGUGCCUGCCAGUGGCUUCAUGUAAUGAAAUGUUCAAUUGCGUUGUACAUAACUUCCAAUACAUUGUUAUACACGGGUGCAUUUGAUAUUUUAAUUAUGAAGGGCAUGCGUGAGCACUUUGUAACAAAAUCUACCCAAAUAUGUUGUUCUUUUGUGCACUUGCUUGCCACUUCCAGUGCUGCGGAAUUGAACACAGAAAUAGCACACAGUGCUAUUUAAAUGAUAUUAUGUUAUAAUAUAUUAUGUAUGAUGUUCGGAUUAGUUUCUGAUCUUUCUUAUAGUGAGUGUAUGUAGUAGUUAGUAGUUACCAUUGUAAACCAGAGCAUGUACUCAUAAUUCUUCAAUUGUUGAAAUGAAAAUGAAAUAUUAACGUUUUACUUUUAUACAGGGAAAAUGUAAAAUAGGGUAUAUGAUAUGAAAAUAAAUGGUCUCAGAUCUCAUGGACAGUUCA